UGUGGAGAGUCAGGGCUGGGAUUUCGCCGGGCAAGCCCAGCCGUUGCAGCUGCGGCGGAUCCCGAGGCUCUGCCCCUGGUGCGCCCGGGCAGCGCAGGGCCGGCAGCGGCUCCGCAAAGUCGCGGAGCAAGGGAGGCCGAAAGCCCGCAAAGUGGUGGGGCUUCAGGCUGGGUCUGGACUGGAAGAGGCGUGCCUGCGGAGCCUGGAUCCCGGCCUCGAGUGUAGCCGCCUGGGAAAGAGCAGUCAAAUUGCAGCCUCCCCAAAGAAGCCUAGUUAACGCAGGCGAUCCGGCGGCUCCCCGAAGCGUGUUUCGAGCGGUGCCGCAGAGCCCUCCAAGGCCAGCAAGCUAAGGCUGGGAGCCGGGUGCCGUCCCAGAGGCAGCGGUUCCCCGGCAGCGGGCUGCUCCGCGAGUGCUCUCCGGUGCAGAGAGGGGGCGUGCAAAGCUCCUAGGGUCCUCCCGCUAAGAACCUGUGCCCGAUCGGGGUGCCCCCUCUGUCCCACUCUGGGAGCAAUGCCCCCCGUCCCUCGUGACCCCCGGGAAAGACAUGAGCAUGGAGAAGUCGAGUAGUGAGGAUUCUUCGCUCCACCGGAGUCCAUCUUUGGACAGCAAGGACUCGGACUUUGCCAAACCGUCCACCUCUGGCCGCCCGUUCGGCCGCGGCUUCACGGCUGGCGCCUUCUACGGCACCGCGGGUUCUCGGGGUCAGAGCCACACGGAGGCCGGCGUUAAGACUGACAAGUACAAUGCUCCCAAAGGCAGCAAGUACGUGGUGUUUUACCUGGACCUGUCCUUUGUGUUCCUCCUAGAAUUUAAGAAGUGCAACAUGGCCCGGGGCUGCCUCUGCUGCUUGAAGUACAUGAUGUUCCUCUUCAAUUUGAUAUUCUGGCUCUGUGGCUGUGGACUGCUUGGAGUGGGCAUCUGGCUCUCCGUGUCCCAAGGCAACUUUGCCACCUUCUCCCCCAGUUUCCCCUCGCUGUCUGCAGCCAACCUUGUCAUCGCCAUAGGCACCAUUGUCAUGGUGACAGGCUUCCUGGGCUGCCUUGGGGCCAUCAAGGAAAACAAGUGUUUGCUCCUCAGUUUCUUCAUUGUGCUGCUGGCCAUUCUGCUGGCGGAGCUGAUCCUGCUCAUCCUCUUCUUUGUCUACAUGGACAAGGUGAACGAGAACGCCAAGCAGGACCUCAAAGAAGGGCUGCUGCUGUACAACACGGAGAACAACGUGGGACUCAAGAACGCCUGGAAUAUCAUCCAGGCCGAGAUGCGGUGUUGUGGAGUCACUGACUACACAGACUGGUACCCAGUGCUGGGGGAGAACAUAGUUCCUGACCGCUGCUGCAUGGAGAACUCCCAGGGAUGUGGGCGCAACACCACCACCCCCUUGUGGAAAACGGGAUGCUAUGAGAAGGUCAAGCUGUGGUUUGAUGACAACAAGCAUGUGCUGGGCACAGUGGGAAUGUGCAUCCUCAUCAUGCAGAUCUUGGGAAUGGCCUUUUCCAUGACUCUGUUCCAGCACAUCCACCGGACGGGUAAAAAGUAUGAUGCCUGAGCGUUUGGCCGCGCCUGGCCCCACCAGGACACUUGUAUGUGCCAGGGGAGAGGACCUGAGUCUGUGCCUCCUGUCUGCCCUCUGACGGCCAGCCUGCCCCACGUGCCGGCCUGCCCUCCCCUGCCCACUUCCUUGGCCUUGGACCUUUUGGAGGGCAGAGGCCCAGGGAGGAGGCAUCACACAGAGACCUCAGGGCUUGGGCGCCUGGAUUCCUGCACCUGCAUAUUUGCCAAAGACGCCAGGGUGGGCGGGGUGUCAAGGAGGAAACCCCAGCAUUGAUGGGCUUCUGCCCCUGCCCUUCCUCACACUGACACUUGUCCCUGUGUGGGGUGGAGUGUCUGCCCCAUCAAGGCCACUGCCACCCGUGGCUGCCCAGCCAGAGAGCCGGCCAGGGUGCGGUGCGGCACACCAGGUCAGGCCCCAUGGAGAACCUGCCCGGGUUUUUAUACUAUAGUGUAACUUUUUUAUUUUACUCUGAUUAUGGUUAUUCAGGAAUAUUAUCUCUCAGAUAAGUUUAGGGUUAGCCUUCUGAUUUAUAACUUUUUACUGUGUUGAUUUCCAUAACAGUUUGAGUUUCCUUUUCCCAUGGGUGGGGAGGGGUAGGGAGAAAGGACCCCCAUCCACUUUCGAAGAGUACACACCACCGUGGGACACUCAUGAGACCCUAGGGUGAGAAAUGCCAGGCUUUCCCCCAGAACUCAUCUCGAGAGAGAGGGCACAGCUGUGGUAUGCGUCCCUGCCAAGCCUGGCGACCAUGGAUAGGGCCAGAAGAGGCAGGUGUGAGAUAAAUCAUGGCGGGGCCUCCUACUCAGGGGUGAUAGGGUGGUGCCCGAGAUGGGGAGGCCACAUCAGAAGGGGAUGCUUAGGACCGGGGUAAUGAAAUGCUUUGCUGGGGGCGGCAGUCAGAACAGUUCGUGGCAUUUCCUUCCUGCCGCUCAGUCCCCUGCGGGCUCCCCUCCUGACCUGCACACGUCUUGCAUCCCAGCUGGCCACUGUCACACAUUCCUGCUAUGGAUUCCUCUGGUUCAGAUACCACUCUGCUGACCCUGCUCUGGGCAGGGGAAGCAGAUUUGUUCAGCUGCCCACACAAGCAGUCUCAGGACUACCAGGAGGGAAGGCAGAGUUGGCAUCUGUGGCCAAUCCCAGACUCACUCAGUUGCUGACUGCCCUGCUGAGGGGAAGGGAGAGGGCUGUGUGGGUCUCAGGGCCCUCCCUCCUUAGGAUCCAUCGCUGUCCACAUUGGGUGGCAGGCAUCACAGCCCAGGUAACCCCAAAGAGAUGAGAUUCAGAAACUCUGAGAAGUCAGGCUCCUGUUCCCACAGCAGUACUGGGGAGAAGGCCCCCGUUCUGGAUGCCCCGUGCCGGGCAGAGGAGAAGGAGGCAGACGAUAUUCCCACCUGUGGCAGCAGCCCUGCGCACCGAUGCCUAGAGUGCCCUUCCGUGAGCAGAGUAAAGGCGAGGCUGUGCAAGGGAGUGACCCAGCAGCCACGGGGAUUCAGAGUGCCACUCACUCUCCAGGCUUCAUGUGCUAGCAGCUUUUCUCAGGCCGUUUCACUCCUUGCCACUAUUUCCCACCAGGCCAGCUCUUCCCCACCUAGCUACACCAUCCAGCGACCUAUAACCUCUCUGACUAUCUUGAAUAAAAGACAAGGCAGGACCAGGGGCGUGGAACUUUCAUUGUGUUCAAGAUUCAAGUUUUGGGAAUGAGAGAGGAUCGUAGGGAGCUCUGAGCAAAUUGGACAGAGAGGUUGCCAGUUCCAGGAGAUGGAAUUGUGGUGUCGUUAAGGGAAUGACAGCCACCUCCCUGGGGGCCCCAAGAUACAGAGUUCAGGUAGACCCAUUAAACAAUCAGAAAAAAAAAUGUGACUCCUGCUGCAUAAUGAGUUUGUGUGGGUGGUGUGGGUGGGUGUGUUUAGACCUAUCAACGGAAUUUUUAACUUCCAUUAAUAUCAACAGUAUAUCCCCCAGCACACCAGGAAACAUUUAGCCUCCUGUCUCUAGAGUGCUUCAGGGUGGUGCUGGACCCCGAAGCCAUAGCUGAAUCCGCCACCCUCACCAGCCCACCUCAACUGUCUGUUCAGCAGAGCCAGAUCACAAGUCCCAAAAGCCUUCUUACUUUUUAGCUGUGUGCGUGCGGCCGUGUAGUCAUCUACAGAGUAUGCAUGGGCAGAGGCCUCCGAGCACUGGGUGGGUGUCCUGACCCCUUGAUUGACUCGGGGAUGGCCCCCAUACACUAGAUGACCACACCAAGCGAGGCCUUGGGAGGAGGCUCAGCUAUCCUCUGACCCUCUUGGCUGUGAGCUUGCUGUGGACAAUCCUGCCUUGAGACGUCCCUCACCUGCGCCUCCCUUGCCUAAGGCAGAGCUGUUCCCUCCAGGUCCCACACAAGCCAUCUGUAGACCUGACUGGGAAAGUCCUCUUGGUUUGCACGUGACUUCAAGGAAAUGCCUGACAGCUGUGGCAUUUCUCCGCAGCUGACUGGAAGAGGGCUCGGUGGGCAGGGUCAGGAAACUACUCUCGGUUGACUGACAGGUGUCAGGGUGCAAGUCUCCUUGUGCCUCUACACUCUUUGAGCUGGAAUAGUGUCACCCUGUCUCUCCGCCAGCCUGGGCCAGCUCCUCAGCUCUCCCCCUUGCACAUGUUCUGGCCUGACUUAGAACUGAGUGGCUAAGCCUCCAGGCUCUUCAAGUGGAUGGAAUUGUUGUCCCCUCCUCUCUGACCCCCUGCCCACCCACUGGUGGAGGUGCUAACUAGCAGGGACAUGGCACAGGGUGGGGAGCUGGGUGCCAGGUGCUUGGGUUCUGUUCUUUGCCCCUCGGCCCCUAGGUCUGAUGUCCCCUCUCAUGUUCCUGUUCUCUUUUCCCUUCCCUCCUCCAUGAGGGUGGGGUCCUGGCCUCCUCUCCCUGAGUGGGUACUCUGCGGAGUCAGGCCUUCGGACCUCCACUUGCCUUGCUGUCCCUGGGUGGCCCGAGAGCCAGGAGUGCACGCUUAUUGGUUUCGAAUGCACUUUCUGCUUGCAAUGCCUUGUCUGCAUCUCCUCCAUCCCAGGCCCUGCUUUAAUGAACACCAUGUUUUUAGCAUGUUUUUGAAUAAAAACUGAUAAUGUGUCAAAAGCACAAA